AUGGACAGGCCGCCUUACUACGCCGAUCUGGGCGGUUCGGCUCCUCCUCCUCGUUCCUCUGCUCCCAGAGGAGAGGAAAAUCCGCGAAGAGGAAUGGACCGUUUGCCUCCCGUUCUGCCUUCCAGCCACUCUUUACCAAAGCUUCCGAUGGCAAGAUCAAACGAGCUGCCUCCUCUAGCUCAUACCCGAUUGCCUCCCAUCAAGGAUUCGAACACGUCUCACUACGCUUCGCAUCGUCCCUACCCUUCCAUGUCAGAUCGACCUGCCUAUGAUUAUGUUCGUCGUCCAAGCUCGCCCUCCUCAGUCCCUGUCGGUAUGGUCUCUGUUGACUACAUCCAUACCCGUCGCUCGCCCGGAGAGAGUGGGCCUCCCUCCUACUAUGACUCGCAUAUGCGUCAUCCCGACUCCUACCGUCACGAACCGAUGACAGGCCACGCGUCGUCACACAUGCCCCAUCACCAUAUCCAUUACGACGUGCCGCCAACCCAUAUCCGCCAUUUCUCCGAGGUGGAGCCCGUCACUACUGCAACUCCCAUCAAGCGACCUCGUGUUUCGCUCGCAUGUCUCGCGUGCCGUAACCGGAAAUCGCGCUGCGACGGUGUCCGCCCUACUUGCAAGACCUGCGCCAACAUGAAGAUCGAAUGCAAAUGGCCAGAAGUCGACUUUCGUCGUGCCAAGACAGGAGAUGCUGCCAAAGCACGAAAGAGGAGUCCCGUCGGUGCUUCGUCUCAACGCUCUCCCGAAUCGGUCGAGCAAAAGCCUCUCGACCUGGCUGAGCAUGCAGUUGCCGACGUCUAUGGUCGCUCAGCUGGCGAAAGAGGCCCUGUAAGUGGGCUGCCGCCCUCUCAAUCCAUGCCACACGUGGCAAUGAGCUCGAGCUCGCUCCCUCACAGCUCUGCUAUGGCCUCGAGUCCCAUUAUGGGUCGUGCGAAUCGCUAUCGGACCAAUUCUGAUGGCGAUCGACACGCUCGUCACGCCGAGUCAGCCAUGCCAGCAAGCCGCAGCCCUUCUGAGCGUCACUUGCAUCCCCACUAUGCUCACGAGAGCCGCUCAGAAACGUACGGAAGGCCAGAAUCUCAUGGUCGUCCCUACAGCUCAGCCGGUGUUCCAUCAUCCCGACACGAUUCGUCUCCAUCUUGGAUGCGCGACGACAGAGCCGAGCCUCAUCCCCAAGAUCGUCGUUUGGCGCGGGAAGCACAGCAAAGCCGACCCAUGCGAUCAAUGCCAGAGUCUCGAGGUCCACGUAUCAACGCAACUGCCACUUACUGCAAGAAGAGAGCCUUGGAGAUCGCCGUUCUCGGUCGUCCACCCACCGACGCCCAACGCAUUGCUGUCGAGGCCUACAUGAGUCAAGAGGAUACUUUGGAAGAUCUUGCUGAGAGAAGCACAGCCGGUGAGCGUCUCGAUCGCGCCUUUGCCGCUGACUGGGAUAUCGUUGGUGGCCUCUCGCACGCGGCCCGACGCCCCUUUAUGGACGUUGCAGCUGGCAUUGUCGGCAUGGUCGAGCUCUUUGCUGCAGAUGCUCAACACAGUCCCAAUCGCUCACCUGCAGAUGCCGUUGCCCAACUGCACAUCUUCAGACUUCGAAACAGUCCACCUACGCAGCCGGACUUGCGCCACAUGAGCAUCGCCAUGGAUCUUGCUCGACACGAAGAGCGCGAGAUGCUCGAGUCAGCCUCAUCCGAAUACGACUCUCUAAGCUAUCCCAUCCCCGUGGACCAACUGUCUUUGCCGCUGAUCAACAGCAUUCAGCGGCGAGCCUUGGCCAGAGAAAAGGCAAAGGCCGACAAAAACUCCAAGCCAAACCAGGUUGCCCCUUCCAACUGGUCGCCUGUUCAUUCAUCUUCACUGCCGCCAGCCGCCGUCAUCCCGUUCGUGCGUCAACAAGAUGUCAUGCCUCCCAAGCCUCUCCUCGAGCUCUUCUUCCAAGUUUAUGUCAAUGCUGUGGGCGAGCAGAUGCCCGGCCUCGACACCGAAGCCAUCGGCAGUCGCAUCCAAGACGGCUCUAUCUCGGCGUUGUUGGCCAAUGCUCUUUGCGCUAUCGGUGCCAGCUUUUACGAACGUGAUGGCCUGCGCCCUCCUAGUGCUGAUGCGCUCAGCAGCAAGGUCUACAGUGAGCGAGCGCGCGCUCUGAUUGGUGGCGCGCUGCAGAAUCCUCACCUCGAAGCGAUUUUGGCUCUUGGUGUAAUGGCGAUCCGAGACAUUCUCAUGGGUCAGAUGGUUUCCGCAGCGGCUAUCACAUCGUCCGCAGUGCGUCUCUGCAUGCAGCUGGAUUUGCACCGCGCUCGACCUGCCCAGCACCGACAGCCAUCCCCCGCGUUUGAGGCAGCACCACGUUCCGCACCGGAGAGCGAACAUGGUGGCAGGGCGCAGAAGCUGAUCGCUGACGACGUCUUCUGGAUGACCUACUGUCUCGAUCGAAUCACAUCCAUCGCCACCGCCCGCCCUCUCAUCAUUAAGGAUCACGACAUCGAUACCAUCUUCCCGGCCACGAUGCGAAAGGGAGAGCCUUGUAUCUUUGCAGCCCUCGUUCGACAGCUGCAUUACCUGGGCCGUCUAGCUGAGGUAGCGCUUUCGACGAACGGAGGAGCAGCUGUUGGCGGAGGCUCAGGCGCUGAACGAGAGCGAGCCCGCGAAACGGAGAUCGCAGCUAUUGGAGCUGAUCUUGUUAGUCAAUACGAGUCACUUCCCUCCGUGCUUCAGCUCGGAUCAGCCAACCUCAGAAGAGCACACGAAAAGGGCGAGUCGAUCUCGUUCCUCCAGCUCCAUCUCACACACAACAUGGCCCUUCUCCACCGCUUUUUGCUUUCAGAAGCACCCAUGACUAACACAGAGUACGAUGCUAUGCGCUCAGCUGCUCGCGAAACAGGCGAGAUCUGCAUGCUCGGAGAAGCGGUCGACUCGAACAUGCUCGCCGACACGCCUCUCUCUGCGGUUGCUUGCUUCCUCGCUGCUUGCACCUCUCUCGCCGAAAUCGAGGUUUUACAAGAAGCCACCCAGUCAGCAUCCACAGCACAACUCGAAUCGGCAAGAUCUAACUUUGACAAGCUUAUGGAUACUCUUGUUCGACACAGCCAGUUUUGGCCUGUUGCGCGCAACUUUGUCCAGGUAUUAGAGACCCAGAUGGCACGUGGAGCUGCAGAGGCGACUAUUUCGCCUGCAAUUGUCACUGCGGUUGUGUCGCAGGUCCAAGCGAUCCACAUUUUGGUGCGUCGACCUGGCGAAGCAAGCGAGAGACAGAGAGAGGCGGCAAGUGAGACGCCUGUUCAGGUUCGCAAAGUGAACGACUUGGGGGCGUUGCGCGGUAUUUUCCCUCACUUGUGCUGA